AUGGGCAUCUUGACCAGAAUGUCUCCUGCCCAAACACCAGACACGAGCACUCCCUCCUUCAACAUGGAUGGCUACUACAAUUGGACGUUGAUAUCCGAGAAUGUCAACUGGUCUUCCUCCCAGCCCUCCCCCAACUCAACCCACAACAAUAACUCAGCCACGGUCGCGCUAAUGCCCUUCGAUGCUGUUACCGCCGUCAUCUACACCAUCGUGUUCAUUGUGGGUCUUCUAGGUAACACGUUGGUCAUCUAUGUGGUGAUUCGCUAUGCCAAGAUGAAGAGUGUGACCAACAUUUACAUCCUCAAUUUAGCCUUGGCGGAUGAAGUCUACAUCCUAGGAGUUCCCUUCCUAGGCAGCAAUAGUGUGCUUUCCUACUGGCCAUAUUGGGAUUUCUUCUGCAAGGUGUACAUGACUUCUGAUGCCAUGAGCCAGUUCACCUCCACCUUUUGCCUCACACUGAUGAGCAUCGAUCGCUACCUGGCUGUGGUACAUCCUAUUCGCAGUGCCAAAUGGAGGAAGCCACAGGUGGCCAAGAUUUUCACUGGCAUGGCCUGGGUGGUGUCCUUUCUGAUUGUGCUGCCAGUCACAAUCUACUCAAAUGUACAGCCGGAAUACAAAGCCUGCAACUUAACCUGGCCUGAGCCGAUUGAAGUGAGUUCUCUCGUCUUCAUCCUCUACACAUCCAUACUGGGCUUCUUCUGUCCUCUGGUUGUCAUCUGCUUCUGCUACCUGCUCAUCGUCAUCAAGGUGAGGUCAGCAGGUGUUCGUGCAGGGCUGACUAAGCGACGCAAGUCAGAGCGAAAGGUGACGCGGAUGGUGGUGAUCAUUGUGCUGGUGUUCGUAGUUUGUUGGCUGCCCUUUUUCUCUGCCAACAUUUUCAACCUGGUUUAUAUCAUCCCUGAGAGCAGCACCACCGCUGCAGUCUACUUCUUCUUGGUCAUCCUCACCUACGUCAACUCUUGCGCCAAUCCAAUCCUCUAUUGCUGCCUCUCCGACAACUUCAAGCAGGGCUUCCAGAAGGUGCUCUGCAUCCACAAACCAAAUGGUGUCGGCACUGCAGGCCAGAGGGGAGGUAGACCUACUGCAUCCAAGGAAAACCACAUUCCUGUUCUCCCAGCCAGAAAUCACACACAGAAUGGAAAAAUGCAGAGCAUUCAGGAGCCUGUCCAGAUGGAAGUCAUUGGAGACCUUGAGCUUCAAAAACAGAGGUGA